AUGGAGACCUUGCGAGCGCAGCGACUGCAGCCUGGAGUGGGCACCAGCGGGAGGGGCACUCUGCGAGCGCUUCGGCCCGGAGUGACUGGGGCCGCGGCUGCCACCGCCACACCCCCAGCGGGCCCCCCGCCGGCCCCGCCGCCCCCCGCACCGCCCCCGCCGCCUCUGCUUCUGUCCGGGGCCGCCGGGCUGCCGCUGCCCCCGGGCGCCGCAGGCAGCCCUGUGGUACUGCGGGAGGCCGUGGAGGCCGUGGUGAGGAGCUUCGCCAAACACACGCAGGGCUAUGGCCGAGUGAAUGUGGUGGAGGCACUUCAGGAAUUCUGGCAGAUGAAACAGUCACGAGGGGCUGACUUGAAGAAUGGGGCCCUAGUGGUUUACGAGAUGGUUCCCGCCAACAGUCCUCCCUAUGUCUGCUACGUCACCCUGCCUGGGGGAAGUUGCUUUGGGAGUUUCCAGUUUUGCCCCACAAAAGCUGAAGCCCGGCGGAGUGCUGCAAAGAUUGCACUAAUGAACUCUGUGUUUAAUGAACAUCCUUCCCGAAGAAUCACUGAUGAGUUCAUUGAGAAGAGUGUCUCUGAGGCCCUGGCAUCUUUCAAUGGCAACAGGGAGGAAGCUGACAACCCAAAUACAGGGAUUGGUGCUUUUCGAUUCAUGUUGGAAUCCAACAAGGGCAAGUCAAUGUUGGAGUUUCAGGAGUUAAUGACAGUUUUUCAACUGCUGCACUGGAAUGGCAGCCUUAAGGCCAUGAGGGAAAGACAGUGCUCUCGGCAGGAAGUGUUGGCUCAUUAUUCACACCGAGCCCUAGAUGAUGAUAUUCGCCACCAAAUGGCAUUGGACUGGGUGAGCCGGGAGCAGAGUGUGCCAGGGGCACUGUCUAGAGAGCUGGCCUCUACUGAGCGGGAGCUGGAUGAAGCCCGGCUGGCAGGCAAGGAGCUGCGCUUCCACAAGGAGAAGAAAGAUAUUCUCAUGCUGGCUGCUGGGCAGUUGGGCAAUAUGCAUUCCUCCAACUGCUAG